AAUCACUAAAGAGAAUAUCCGGAAGGGGCUGGAGGUAGACUUCAGCGUGUCUACGGCCCUGCUAGGUUGGGGAGGGACGCACAGAAGGCGAGAUGUCCUGGCCCGGCCUUCUCCGUGGCCUCACCACGUCCCUCAGUCGUGGCCUGGCCCUAGGUCCCCAACUCUGGGCCACACGUUCCAUGGCCACCCUGAACCAGAUGCACCGCUUAGGCCGCCCGAAGGAACCCCCUAAGCGUCUGGGUCCCACAGAGGGCCGGCCACAGCUGAAGGGCGUGGUGUUACGCACAUUCAUCAGGAAGCCGAAGAAGCCCAACUCUGCCAACCGCAAGUGCUGCCGAGUGCGCCUCAGCACGGGCAGAGAGGCCGUCUGCUUCAUCCCUGGGGAGGGCCACACCCUGCAGGAGCACCACGUGGUCCUGGUGGAGGGCGGUCGCACCCAAGACCUGCCUGGGGUCAAACUCAAAGUUGUGAGGGGCAAGUAUGACUGUGGCCACGUGCAAAAGAAGAAGUGACCAUAAUUGACAGUGGUCAGGCACUGGGUCCUCGGAAACCAGUUCUUCCUGUUCCAGGGCGGCUAGUCUUGGGCUCAACUCUUCACUUGGCCUCAUCAGGACUGCUAUUAACCUGCAAGAGUUCUGGUGAAUUGGGAGGAAGCUCCCCCUGCCCACUCCCUUGGCUUCCAUGUGCAGUGUCCACAGAUGGGACCUCAUGCUGGGAUGGGAGCUGUAAUAAACACAUCUGCAGGUUGUGAUGUCA